AUGAUCCACGACGAUGUUAAACUGUCCAGCCCCAGGUUGCAACAAUGCUUCCAUGCUCACUCAGCGGCCAUGUGCUGCUUCGCCAUCAUCAUGGCCCUGGCCGAGCUAUACGCUUCCAUCAUCGUCGCAUCCGUUAAUGGACCUUUCAUUAUCAUCCCCUACCUCUUCAUUGCCCAGCUCUUCGUCACACUUCUUUACCUCUAUCUUCCCUAUGAGUACUACGAUAUGGAAGUCGAGGAAGAGCGACGCAUUGAGGACGAAGAGAAGAUGCUCUCUAUGAUGGAUGAUGAUGAUGAUGAUGAUGAUGAUGACUCGGUCAUUGACAGGUAUGAGCUGGACGAAGCUUCUGUUGCCUCGACUCCCUCAAGUGCAGACAUCAAAACUACUGGCUACGGGACCAUGGAGCUUUCACAGCUGUCUGGACCUGGAAACUUGCAUUCCAUCUACUCCGUCUAG